AUGGAUGAGGCUGCGAGAGUUUUCAGUGAGAUGAAGGAGAAAGAUAAUAUUUCAUGGAAUUCAAUGCUGUCAGGUUUUGUACAGAAUGGAUUGUAUGAAGAUGCUCUCUGUGUUUUUUCUGAGAUGAAAAAUUUGGUUCAGAAACCCGACCAGAUUUCACUUGUAAGUAUGCUUGCAGCCUCUGGAAGAUUGGGAAAUCUGUCGCAUGGAAUGCAAAUUCAUGCUUUUUCUUUGAAAAACAAAAUGGAUAAUGAUUUGCUGGUUGGAAACACCCUUGUGGACAUGUACGCAAAGUGCGGCAGGACAGAUUACAUGCACUUUGUUUUUGAUAGGAUGCCUUAUAAAGAUUCUGUUACUUGGACGACAGCAAUUUCUGGUUAUGCUCGGAACAAUCUUCCCAUGAAGUCUUUGCAACUGUUUCGAGAAAUAAAUGUGGAAAAGAUGGAGGUUGACAUGUUAAUGAUUGGAAGCAUUCUCCUUGCUUGUAGUGAUUUAAAGUGCCAUUCUCUUGUGAAAGAAAUUCAUGCUUAUUUCAUGAGAAGAGGCCUAUAUGAUCUAGUCACAGAGAAUACGCUUGUUAAAGUGUAUGGGGACUGCAAAAACAUCAAUUAUGCUUGUAAGGUUUUCAAACUAAUCGAAUUUAAGAAUGUUGUGUCCUUCACGAGCAUGAUGUCUUCUUAUGUCGAUAAUGGAUUGGCAAGUGAGGCUCUUGAACUAGUACCUCGUAUGAAAGAAAACAAAAUUGAACUAGAUUGUGUUGCAACACUGAGUAUCCUGUCUGCUGCUGCAGAUUUAUCGGCAUUGAGGAAAGGAAAAGAGAUUCAUGGCUUCCUACUCAGGAAUGGGUUUGUUAUUGAAGGUCCUGUCGCCAGCUCUCUUGUGGACAUGUAUGCUUGCUGUGGGAUUGUGGAUGACUCGUAUAAGGUUUUCAGUAGUACCUUGAAUAAAGACUUGCCUAUAUGGACGAGCAUGAUCAGUGCAUACGGAAUGCAUGGUUAUGGUAAGGUGGCCAUUGAUUUGUUUAGGAGGUUGGAAAGUGAAAAUCUAGUUCCUGAUCACAUUACUUUCUUAGCUGUUCUUUAUGCAUGUAGUCAUUCCGCUUUGGUGGAAGAGGGCAAAGAAGUUUUUGAAUCAAUGCAAGAUGAAUACAAAUUGAAGCCAUGGCCAGAACACUACACUUGCAUGGUUGAUAUGCUUGCCCGUGCAAAUUACCUAGAAGAAGCAUUUCAUUUUGUGACGAUGAUGAAAGCGGAGCCUACAGCCGCUGUUUGGUGUGCUCUCCUCGGUGCUUGCCGUGUUCACUCAAACGAAAAAAUUAGAGAAAUUGCUGCUAGUAAACUCAUGGAACUAGAUCCAGUGAAUCCGGGAAAUUAUGUGCUGGUAUCCAAUGCAUAUGCUGCGACAGAGAGAUGGGAAGAUGUGGAGGAAGUGAGAUCGAAGAUGAAAGGAAAAGAGUUGAAGAAAGAUCCUGCAUGUAGUUGGAUAGAGGUUGGCAAUAAGUUCCACGUGUUCAUUGCCCAUGAUAGGUCUCAUCCAGAGUCUGACGAGAUUAAGCAAAAUUUGGAUCAGAUCACUGAAAAAUUGGUAAAAGGAGGAGGAUAUGUGCCUCAAACUAAAUAUGUUUUACACAACGUAGAGGAGGAAGAAAAAAUAAAGUUACUAACUGGACAUAGUGAACGGCUGGCUAUAUCAUAUGGGCUACUCAACACCACAUCUAGGACCCCGAUACGAAUCACCAAGAAUCUUCGGGUCUGUGGUGAUUGCCAUAACUUCACCAAGCUAACUUCAAAGUACCUUAAACGAGAAAUCAUUGUACGGGACGCCAACAGAUUUCAUCAUUUCAGGGACGGAGUUUGUUCUUGUGGAGAUUUCUGGUGACUCUCUCUCAAACCACACUGAAGUUAUCAGAAAUCAGAUGAUGAUGAUGAUGAAUGUGCUACUGGUAUAAUAGCCUGGGCCAGUGUCAAAAUCCCGCUCAUCCAAGUUCCCAUCUGCUGUAUUUUAUGUCGGACCGAACUUAUUUACAUCCCGGUUUCUUCUCAAAACAGUAAGGUUUUGGAGGAUACACACCACGACGAUGGCACUGUGUUCAUGCUUGGUUCUUAUUGAUGUUUACACGGGUUUUGACGAAAUUCCGUGAUUACCUUGAGACAGUAGAAAUGAUAAGGAAAGGUUUUGAAAACCCCAUCUUAUUCAAGUUUUGGUAAAAAAUUUUGCCCAUCUCAUUUUGGAAUGGGAUUGAAUAUAACCCCUAGAUAUUUCAAUUUUUCUCAA